GCGGGGAACAAAAUUGAACAUAAUCAGUUUCCCACUUUACCUCACCUACUGACCCAUUUUCUCUGCUCUUCCCCGAAACCCACUGUCUCUCUCUCUUCCCCCCAUCGUUCCAUCCUCUCUCUUCCCCGAAACCCUCUCUCUCUCUCUCUCUUCCCCCCCCUUUCACCCACUGACCCAUUUUCUUUGGGGCUCAUCUCGAAGGUGGACUGAACGAAACUAUGUGACCUUGCUUCUAGUCAUGGCCGGAGGACGUGCAGUCUGCCGUUGACUCGUCGGAGGAAGGCGUAGAAGAUGGUGGCUGCGGUGAGUCUACCUUGGUGGUCGGAGAUCGAUGACGGAGGAAAGAGUCUUCCAGAUCCAGUUUCUCUCUCCUCCAUCUCUCCCUAUGGAAAGGAGACCUUGGUUGGAUUGCAUUCUAACAAAUUGGAAUCACCUGAGCUGAAGACCCGUAUUGAGGCUUUGACAGAAAUACGGCACUACUGGCAUUGUGUUCAUCCAUACAGCUUAGGAGUACCCAUUCCCAUUGUUCUUUUUACAGGGCCAACUCAAGGACCUAGAAACAAAAUCUUUUUGAGGAGAGAGCUAAACAGAAGCGUUUCCAAGGUACCUCCUCCAAAGUCGAAUCUUAAUAGCUCAUGAACUAUACUUGAGCAUUGUGUGUCUUUAAUGCAGAAGAUAGGCAUAACUUUAGGCUUUAUACACUGAAAAAUAAUGAAGUGCUUGCUAAGGAGGUACUGAUUAUAUGCCAUAUCUCUGUACUCACCUUUUUGAAUGUAUUGUGGGGUUAUAUGAUCAUCUGUUUCCUUGAAUAGAUCACAGAGCAUGAUGAAGAGGCUUUCAUGAGCUUUGAUGUGUUUGUUGACAGGCGGCAGACGUCCUAAGUCAGAAGCACCGGGGUUAUGACAUUUUGUAAGGAAGUACAGCUUUUUGAAACAAUGAUUUCGAUGAAUUGGUUAAUUGUAAAUUUUGCUCAGUCUGAUCACAGCUAACUACUCACGAGACAGCAUAUUAGAGUGCACUAAAUUCAGCCUUUAUUUAUGUCUAGGACUUGUAAAGUUGUAAUUGAGAGUGCAGGGAAGGAACUCUAACAUAAUUAGAGUCUAUAGAGAUGAAAAAGGCCAACGUUGAUUAGAGAAUGCUUGACUAAGAAUAACAUAGAUUGAGUAUAAACAAAUGACAAAUCACCGGUUUUUUCAUGUUGUGAUGUGUAGUUCAUAUUUGAUAAUUCAUGAGAAGCUACAUAUCAUCUCUUUCAAUUUGUCUUUUUCUCUUUUGGAUUGGGUUGCUUGGUUUUGUGCUCAUGCUUUUCUUUUGGAUACUUUGAUUUUGUUGUUCAUGAUGUUUUCCUUUUCAGUUUUCAUUGCACAAAGAGCAGCUAAGUGUAGACCUCAAAAAAAUUGAUGCCCAUGUUUACCAGCUCAAGCUUGAAUUUGAUGGUGAUGUUUAAAGAUCUGACUGGAAACAUUUCUGGCCUCAGGCCUGGGCUUCAUGGUUUCCAUGUUCAUGCUCUUGGUGACACAACAAACAGUUGCAUGUCAACUGUCUACUUGCAGGACCACACUUCACAAUUGUUGAUAAGCAGGUUGUUUUCUGGACAAAAGUGUACCAUCCAAACAUUAAUAGCAAUGGUAGUAUCUGCCUUGACAUGCUUAAAGAGCAAUGGAGCCCUGCCCCGAGUCCCUGACCAUUUCCAAGGUGCAGGGAAAAGAUCGAGUAGUUGUAAGAUGUGUUGCAGAGCAGCUUGGCUUGUUUUGAGCCCCAGAGACGCACUUUCUAAAGUCUCUGCAGCUGUCAUGAGAAAUAAGCAUCUCAAGAGUGGUAUGUCGCAGUCCUAUACAAACCAAAGGGACAAGGAUUUGGAUCGGGCGAGUGAGAGGCAGGAUCUUGAAGGAAAGGAGCUAAAGCAAGAAACUACUUUGCAUGAACUGGAGUUGGUUGCUGUCGAUGCUCUUCAUGAACUUGUUUCUUUAGUUCACAGUCAUGUCAAUGCUGCAGAGCAAUAUGAUUUUGAGUAAGGCAAGAUUUUGCUGACCAUUUUGUAAUAGAUGUAGUGAUAUCAGGAUGAAUUGUGAACAAAUUAUACUGCAUGUAGUUAUUGCAGUAGUGGUAUUUUCUAGACUAGCCUUAAAGCAGGUUAGGGUUAGGGUUUAUUGUGCAAAACUUUUAAAGCUACCUCAAGCUCUAAUUUUGGAUAGAAAUUAAUGCAA